AUACCAGAAAUACCCUCCCCACCCAAUCCCCGCCGUUUCCCUUCCUUCACCCGUUGUCCUUUCGCCCCUUUUCCUUCCUUUCUUUCCUUCUCUUGCAUGAGACGCCAUUUCCCAAAAAGCUAAGAAAUCAAAAGAAACGUUCCCCCCCCUUCUAAUCGCAGCGAAACGUCGGAGAAAUCAAUUUGUGCCCUAGAAAAUGGUGCCGGACAAGAAGCUCGCGGAGCGGCUCCGGGACAUCCUCCGGAGCUCCGACCUCGACACCACCACGCCCGGCAGCGUCCGCCGACAGCUCGAGGCCGAUUUCGGCGUCGAUUUGUCGGACCGGAAGGCCUUCAUCGGUGAGCAAAUCGACCUCUUCUUGGCAUCUCACAUGGCCAAUCCUCAAGAAGAAGAAGUAGAAGAAGAUGGCAAAGAAGCGGAGGCCGAAGAAGAGGAGAAAGACGACGAAGAUGACUCUGGAAGUAGAGGAAGGAGAAAAGGAAGGUCAAAUAAGGAGGAUAAAGUUAAAAAAAGAGGCGGCUUUAACAAGUUAUGUAGCCUUUCUCCACACCUGCAAGAAGUUGUUGGAGAGGCAGAAAUGUCGAGACCAGAGGUUGUGAAGAAACUGUGGUCCUACAUCCGAGAAAAUGAUCUGCAGGAUCCAAAGAAUAAGCGAAAUAUUAUAUGUGACGAAUCACUCCAAGCCCUUUUCCGUGUUAAUACAAUAAAUAUGUUUCAAAUGAAUAAGGCCCUGUCCAAGCAUAUCUGGCCAUUGAGCACAGAAGAUGAAAAUGUAAGGCAAAAGAAAAAGGCUGAAGACAUUGACCAUUCUGAAUCUGAAGAAGAGUCCAAUAAGGCACAGAAACAAGAGGAGGAAGAGGAGGAGGAAGAAGAAGAGGAUGAAAAAGAUAGUAGACGGCGAAAAAGAAAAGGACGCUCCGCAAAGGUUGAUAAAGAUGUUAAGAAGAGAGGAGGAGGUGGUUUUGCCAAAGUAUGUAGUCUUUCUCCACAACUUCAGGCAUUUAUUGGGGAGGCUGAAUUGGCAAGAACAGAGGUUGUCAAGAAACUUUGGAGCUAUAUCAAGGAGAAUGAUUUACAAGAUCCAAAGAAUAAGCAAAACAUAAUUUGUGAUGAGUCACUGCGUGCCCUUUUUCAUGUUGAUAGAAUCAACAUGUUUCAAAUGAAUAAAGCCCUAGCCAAGCACAUCUGGCCAUUGAAUGCGGACAAUGCAGUUACAGAGAACUCUUCACAAAAGGAGAAGCAGUCUAAACAAGAGCAAGAAGAAGAAGAGGAAGAAGAUAAAGAAGAAGAUUCAGAUGAGCCUAAGAAAAAAGAAAAACGGCAAAAGAAAGGAGGUUCCGGUUUUACUGCUCCUUUGCCACUUUCAGAUGCUCUUGUCAAAUUUAUUGGUACAGGAGAAAACACAUUGUCACGGGCUGAUGUUGUGAAAAGAAUGUGGCAGUAUAUAAAACAGAAUGAUCUACAGGAUCCGUCGGAUAAGAGGAGAAUUUUAUGUGAUGAUAAAUUGAAAGAGCUUUUUGACGUUGACUCUUUCAAUGGCUUCUCAGUCACAAAGCUUCUGACUGCUCAUUUUGUCAAGACAGAUUAGCGUUUGCAUACAUGUAUAUAAUGUGAGCCUCCAAUGCGGCCCAUUUUUGCUCAAGCUAAUUUCUUCUUCUAUGUACUAAGUUCUUUUUUUAUUAUUUAUUUAUUUAUGUUCUAACAUCUCCAUGAACGGAAAAACAUAAUUUUGAUCAACUGUGCACUGGCUUUUGCUGCAAU